UCGAACGUGAACACAUUGACAACAUGGACAUUGAGCACAUCGUUCACGGGGAACACAACGUCCACCAUCAUGUUGAUGAGGCCAACUACCGCCCCAAGAACAAAGUCUUGUAUCAGGACAUCAUUGAUCUAGGACUUAGUGAGGAACAGCUCAAAGGUAUUGACUUGAACAAGCUCCUGGACCAGGAGAAAAGAGAAUUUGAAAACUGGCAGAGAGACGAGAUGGGCAAUGACGCCAAUGAUGCAUCAUACUGGCAGGAGCAGGUGCGAGACCUGCGCAAAGAAUAUCUUCAGAAAAUUUACUCCAAGAUACGAGAGCUCUCCCAGCCUGACCUUGACACUGCUGAAUGGGAUCAAGGUGACGACGACAUCCGGGGCAUGAAGGACCCUCAACAACUUCACGCGGGCGAGAGCGAGCUGGAGCACGAGAUGGAAAUGUGGGGUAGGACAGAGCCCAAGGAAAACAGGAAGGCUUACAAUGUUCUUCACGGGAGGAGAGGAAUGAACGAGGAGGAGGAGGGAGGACAGGGUGAGAACAAAAGUGACGAGGAGGCUGAAGAGGAAAGAACUCUUAACAUGUAGAUGAAACUUGAAGAAAAUUUAACUUGAUUCAGUUACAUUUGUUGUUUUUUUUUGGUAAAAAUUACUAAACAACAUAUCUGCAGAAGACAGCAGUUAUGCGAAAAAAAAAUAUGAUGAUGUGAAUAACUUGAUAACAACAAAAAAAAAAAUUAAUGUAAUAUUACUAAUAAUUUUUACUGUUGUUAUAUCAUUUCUGAUAUGCUUUUGAAUUAUUGUUUUUAUCAAGGGGUCAUCCAUAAAUGACGUCACGCUUUUUUU